AUGUUUGCCUUAGUACCAGUGAGGAGGCUUGCCGGGAUACGGCAUCACUUCCCGUUUAUUCAGCAAGUGCAGCUGCGGCAGGUGCGAGCCGUGUGCUGCACGGCGAUAGUGCGGUUCGACAUGAAGAAAUAUGAGAUGGAGAGGCGGCGGCGUCGGGAACUGGAAAAGGCCGGGAUUGAUCCCGACGACGAUGGUGAUGCACCGUGGAUCGCCCCAGAGGAACAGCAGCGGUUGGAUGAGGAAGAAGAACGCCGUCGCGCAGAGGAGGCGGAGCGCGUGAAGGAGAUGUUGGAGCGGCGAGCACAAGAGGACAUCGAGAAACGCAAGAAGUUUAGAGAGUUUCGCGCUCGGCAGCUUGCGAUGAGUCGGAACCGUAAAGAGGCUAAUGCCGCUGUGAAGAGGCACGACCGGCGAGAACAGCGUUUUAUGGAGGAGGACGAAGAUGCGGUAGACAAGACGGAGGCGAAUGACACUACGGCAACGCACGUGGAUCCAAGAGACGAGGGUGAACGUGCACAGUGA